CGGCCCCGCAGCCCCCGCUCCGCCCGCAGCCCCGGCCCCACAGCCCCCGGCGGCCCCGGCGCUGGGGAGGGAGCUCGGUCCCGGCUGCGCAGCUGUAAUAAAGUCAGGUGGCCCUCGGGCUCCCCAGAAAGCCCUUGGCCUGUUUGUAAUUGAUCGCUUCUUUCUUAAUACUUCAGAGAAACGUUUUCCUCUGCCAUGUCCCGUUUCUCUGGGCAGCGUUGCCCUUCACCCCUGGGGCUGCUUCGUAGCGCUGUCCCCUAUCAUACCCUGCCCCACGCAUUCGGCUGCCCCGCCAGCCCCGGAGCCCUGUUGGAGCAUCUCCCCGUGCCCCUUGUCCUCGGCUCCGUCCUGCCGUGGCCGCCGGCUGCAGGUCCCGUCCCACGCCGUUGGGACGGAGCCGUCCCGCGCAGUCCUCCGAGGCGCCUCGUCCGACCCGCAGAGCGCGAGCGGGGGUCGGUGCGGGCUCGUCCGUGCGGGUUUGGGGUCUGGGUCUGCCUGGGGAGACGGGAGGAGCUGCUGCCCUGCUCCACACUGCCCCGGCACUGUGUGUGCUGCAGGAGCCGUCUGUGCCUCCCCACGCCCGGCAGACUGGCAGGGAGGGCGCGCACACACCUUUAGUUCCUACCACCCAGGACAUCUCUUUAGAAGGAGGAAGCCUGUGUUGUGCAGUUGGUGCUGGGGACAGACCCCAUUACGGAAGGAUCCCUUGCCGUGAGCAGCUCCAGCCUCCGCCGUCCCCUCUGCAGCAGCUGAGGUGACUCUGUGUCCCUGCAGUGCUUGUUCCCUGUGAAGCCAUGUCUCCUUCAUGGCCCUCGUGGAAGCCAAGUAGGGUUUGGUGGCUUCUCUUUGAAGCUGGGACAUUGAUGGUGGGAUGGACCCCUGUGUGUGAGCCUCACAGGCUGCUCCUUGCCCUCUGUGCUCCCAACUGACCCCCUCCAGGCCUCCUGACCCCAAAACACAGCCCUGCUGUCCCCAGGCAGCACCAGUGGUCACAAACGCUACGGGACUUGCCCAAGGCCGUGGGGGAUUCUGUGGUGGAGAACAAAGGGGCUUCUCUGGGGUGGGAGAAGCCACCCUGGAGGGCCAUGGCCUGUCGUCUCCUGUGGUGCUGCUGGGGUGUUCGUGUCGCCUCGUGAUGGGCUGGUCUGUGCCAGCGCUACCGGAGCAGAGCCCAAGGACCGUGGCGUGAAGAGGCCGGGCAGAGGAGCGCAGCUCGCUCCUCUCUGUUUCCUCUCUACAGGGUGCCAGGGGCUGUGGUGACAUCCCUGCCCAGGGGCAUCCCCUGCCAGGCCAGUCGUGGCCCCCACCAGCAGGCCCCCAGCCCAUUGCCUUCCCCCAGGCCUGGCUGCUCGGGCCGGAGGUGCGGUGAGGGGCUGUGCCCGCUCCCAGGCACAGGCUGGCAAAGCUGAGCAAUUCCCAGCUGGUGCAGGUUAAAACCACCCCAGGAGGUCUCUGACGUCCCACGGGGACGGGGCUGGUAGUGCCAGGGGGAUGCUGCCUGUGGGACAGAUGGGGAGGUGCAGUGGGACAAUGAGGGCUGUAGGCUUUCCUGCUCAGCCCCCUCUCAUACCCCAAACCCGGGAGUUGUCCCCUGUGUGGAGGGAGAAGCUUCUUCAUCUCAUCUUUUCCAUCUGAGUCUCCUCUUUUUUGCAGCACUGAUGCCUGGGGCAGCACAGCCCCACCCCAGCACUCCAGAAACUUCAUCCAGGAGCUCUGGAUGGGCCACUUGGUCUCAUUUGGUGCCCAUCGGGGAUGGGCACGUCCCCAGGGCCACGGCAGCCCCGUGUGCCCGGCACUCUCAGCCCACGUCCUCCCCGCUGCCGGGCAGCGCCUGACACGGGCAGAGAUUCGAGGCACCUCUCAGAGCACAAGAGAGACUUUGCCAUCCUGCUGAGCGUGGUUUGCUGGCUGGGGGUGCCCAGCUCAGCCUUGCCCUGCUGCAGGGGCCAUCGUGGAGCUGGGUGCUCGGCGAGUCGCCUGAUCCCACGGGGCCUCGGCUGCUGGGGAAGAGAGAAUGCAGAGCCCCGAGGCCUGGGCAUGCAGUCCCGUUGCAUUUCAGAGGCCCGUGUGCAGGCCAGUGCUGUGGUAAGAACCCCUCCCAGUGGAGCAGUAACUGUGGGCCCAUCCCUGAAGACCAAAUGGACUGAAAUGCAGCAAAAACCAGACCCAGACUCCUUCCUGAAGUCGGCGCGGCUGCAGCGCCUGCCCUCGUCCUCCUCAGAGAUGGGCAGCCAGGACGUGUCCCCGCUGCGGGAGACCAGCAAGGACCCUUUCUCUGGGGACUGCAGCUGCCGCCAGGACGGGCUGACUGUCAUCAUCACCGCCUGCCUCACCUUCGCCACCGGCGUCACCGUGGCCCUCGUCAUGCAGAUCUAUUUUGGGGACCCUCAGGUGCUGCCCCUCGGUGCCGUGGUGACGGACGCCGGGCGCUGCACGGCGCUGGGCCUGCAGGUGCUGGGCCAGGGCGGCUCCUCGGUGGACGCGGCCGUCGCCUCGGCCCUGUGCGCCGGCAUCGUCCACCCCCACACCUCGGGGAUCGGUGGGGGUGGGGUGAUGCUGGUCCAUGACAUCCGCAAGAACAGGAGCUGGGUGAUCGACUUCCGUGAGGUGGCUCCUCUGGGCGUCCCACUGGACGGAGACCUGCACGUGGACACCAAGCCAGGUCUGCUGGUGGGGGUGCCAGGCAUGAUCCAGGGGAUGCACCAGGCACACCAGCUGCAGGGCAGGCUCCCGUGGUCGCAGCUGCUGGGGCUGGUGGCUGCUGUCGCCCGGGACGGGUUUAAUGUCACACACGAGCUGGCUCGUGCCGUGGGGGAGCUGCGGCAGCGGAACCCCUCGAGGCGGCUGCGGGAGCGGUUCCUCCCGGCCGGGCAGCCCCCGGCCCCCGGCUCCCUGCUCCGGCGCCCCGACCUCGCGGCCGUCCUGGCGCUCCUGGGCACGGACGGGCCCUCGGCCUUCUACAGCGGGAACCUGAGCCAGGAGAUCGUCUCUGAGGUGCACAACUAUGGAGGAGUCUUGGUGGAGGAAGACUUCAGCAAUUACAGUGUGAAGGUGGAGAGUCCUGUCCACACCGUCUAUCAGGGUCACCUUGUUCUCAGUCCUCCAGCUCCACAGGCCGGCCCUGCACUGGUGGCAGCGCUGAACAUCCUGGAGGGCUUUAACAUCACGGGCCAGGGACCCCGGGGCGAUGUCUUGCACUGGAUGGCAGAGACACUAAAAAUAGCCCUGAGUCUGGCCACUAACCUGGGAGACCCAUCCCACGACGUGUCCAUCGCUCACGCUGCAGAAGACAUGGUGAGUAAAUCAGAAGCCAGCUCUCUGCGCCAGCUGAUUAACGACUCCCAGUCCUUCUCUACUGACCUCCACGGGCCUCACUUCUCCAUGGAGAGCGGGCCUGCUGCUAGCCAGGUCCUCGUCAUGGGGCCUGAUGACUUCAUUGUUGCAGUUGUAAGUUCUUUGAAUCGUCCCUUUGGCAGUGGAAUCAUGACACCCUCUGGAGUCCUCCUGAACAGCCAGAUGUUGGACUUCUCCUGGCAAAACAGAACCACAAACCACUCCGUUGCCAGGCCGCAGAAUGUGGUUGAGCCUGGGAAGCGGCCCCUGUCCUUCCUGCUGCCCACCAUCGUGAGGCCAGCCCAGGGGCUGUGUGGGACCUACCUGUGCCUGGGGGCCAACAACGGCGACAGAGCCCUGAGCAGCAUCGUCCAGGUUUUGGUGAAUGUUUUAACACUGAACAAGAAUCUGAGUGAGAGUUUGGCACUUGGUCGGCUUCACCCACAGCUUCAGUCCAACACCGUGGAGGUUGACAGUGAGUUUCCUGAAGAAGAUAUUGAAUUCCUCACAGCCAGGGGCCAUCAAGUGGAUAAAGUCAAAGUGGUCUCCCUGGUUCAUGGGGCCAGGAGAACCAGCAGCUUCAUCAUUGGCCUGAAGGACCCCCGGAGCGCGGACGCUGCCGGAGCCACCCUCUCGUAGCAGCUCCCGGCUGACAAGGCUGGAUGAGGCCCAGGCAGAUGGACCCUGGUGCUGUGCAUGUUCUGGAGAGGCCCCUUCUCCCUCCACAGGCAGGAGCUCUGCUGAGCAGCCUUUCUGCAUCCUCCCAGACCACACCAGAGGCAUUGGCAGCACCCACAGGCAAUGCUCUCAGGUCCUUUUCUUUUGCCAUGAUUUGAACUGCAAGCAGCCCCUUACAGGAGGAGCGCACUUCUCUUUUGGCAGAGCCUUGCUAAUCAUUUCAGUCUUUCCAAAAGCCCAGUUCUAGCCAGCAUCUUUACUGUAGUGAGCAGGAAUGUUAGCAAAGGGGAAAACCAGCAGGUGAUGAUUCUGUUGUCUUCGUCUCCUCAUCCUUCCCAGGUUCAUCCAUGGCCUCUCGUGUAAGCCAGCAGUGAACGCAGCCUCCUGUGGUGUCUGUAGGUGCCAGUAGCUGGGGUGCUGGGGACCCUUGCAAUGCUCUGGGCAGGCCAGCUGAUUCCUACUAGCCUGCAGCCUCUCCUGGUAGUUCCUUUGCUCACGUUCCUACAUACCUUGAGUUUCAGGAGUCAGUGUUUCAAGCCAAGUCCUGUGCAGACUCACUGGCAGAGCAGCGGUUCUCAACGUGUGGACCUGCAGUAGUCUUCUUACAGAGGUCAUUUAAGCUUAGUGGUAAUUGGCUUAAUUUUCUUUAAGUGCUUUUUGAGGCCAUCUUGGCAGCAUUCCACAAGCUUGUAAAAAUCCACAGAGCAGGGACUGAGAACCACGUGGAGAGCUUCGGGUGGGUUCAGGGUGUUCCUUGCACUGCCUUAUCUCAGCCUGCUCUGAAAGCUUGGAUCCUGUCAUACCUGGAGAGAUUUGGGAUGUUCUGCUUGCUCCAGCCGUGCCUGCACCUCAGCUCUGUGUUCUGCUACCAGUUCUUCAGCCAGAGGAAAAGUACAAAGCAGACGCUACUGAGAUCAUUUUCUGCCCACAGCAGGUAGUGCAAAAUACCUGAAUCACUCUGCAUUUCUUGUCUGAAAGGGACUGAGGAAACAAAAGCAGGGCUGGCAGCUGCACCACCUCACUCCACCCACAUGUGCACGUUUCCUGCUCUUUUGUCCAGCAAGUCAGAGACACCUGGCACUAAGAAAUCUGGGAUUUGGUCAUUUUCUGCAGUCUAAAGUGUGAUGAUUUCAUUUGUAGUGGCCACUGUACAUUUAUAUAUGUGUGUCUGCUUCUGGUGAGCUGUUCAGUUGAUGCUUCCAGCAGUCACCCCAACCUCUGUCCUGAGGCCCCCGUAACACGCCCCAUGCUGUGACGCUCCCGUCCCUCUGCCGCGGGACCCGCAGCGUGUGGGAGGCUUUGGGGCACUCGGGGCACCACAGCAGGUAACUGGCCUGAUCCUUCCUGCCCCUGCCAGCUGAGGCUCUCAAAGCAUCUUAUGUGGAGCCUUGGACGUUGCGGAGGAGGGACAGAGGUGCUUCUGUGCCUUCCUGAGGCACAGCCCCCAGGAGGAGAGCACAGCAGCGGCCUGGCACAUGGGGGCAUUUCUGUGACAGAUGUGCUAGUGGCCUCAGCUGAGAGGUGGGGGAAGUACAGCAUUGCCUUUGGGAAGGUGUCUUCUGUGCCAGCACGCUGCCCACAGGGCAAGCACAGACCUUUGUUGCCACAGAGGUGCUAAAUCUGUUAGUUUGUUCUGUCAGCACUACAGUUGGCCACUGCCUGAAGUCGGGACGUUCGUAAAGCUUGAGGUGACUUGGAGCAGAUCUGUUGAUAUUUGACAGGAGGGGUGACACUUUGUGCCUGAGGGGUGGGCACGUGGGGUUUGUGGCCUGGGAUCCAUCCCUUGGGCCGGAGGUUGGCUGUGCACAGCCCCCAGCUCAUCGUCACUUCGGUACUUGUGUGGGAUGUCACAGAGCACUUGGAAGGACAGAACUGCUCUUGGUUAACUGAGUUCACCAGCUCACUUCAGAUGCUGGCAGCUGUUUGUGUGGGAGCUGAAGACUCUGGCCUUCAUUCAAAAGGGCACUUAGGUGCCCCGAGGUACAAUUUCCCAGCAGGUGCACAGGAUCUGAAGGUAAAGCCCGUUCCUGAGUGCUCUGCUGGGCCGUGGCCUGUGCUGCAAAAAGGGAGAGUUUGAAGUGAUUGUAAGCUGGGAGCUGGGCCCUUAGGUCAUGGCUAAGAGGAGGGAAGGCGUUUGAUUUCCUAUUUUCUCUAUUGAAAAAUGGCAUCAGCAGAGCACAGAUGUCAUUCGACACAGAAACAUUUGAUCUGCUCAUUGGCCCAGCGUCUCUGGGACUUGGCUCAUCUGUUGUGAUGAGAUGUGAUGAAUUGAAUGUGAGGUACCAAGAGAUACCCACCCUUUCCUUCUGUACAGCUGAGACAGACAUGGGGAAAUAAAGAGCUGUGUUCUGGA